AUGGCUCCCUUCUUCAAGACCGCCGCAGCAUUUUGCCUUGUCGGACUCUUCGGGCUCCAGUCGGUGGCGGCCAACGUAACAAAAUAUAAAUAUGAAGUAACACAUGCAGGCGACGACGCCUACUUGACGGUCAAGUUGGCCCGUAAUGGAAAAAUUUCGGCCAAGAUCAGCGCAGCCGAAAAGGACACUGAGACCGUCACCGCCUUGGAGAAAAAAGUAAAGGCCGACGGAGAAUCACCUCAAGCAACGUGCGAUGAAUUGUUAACAGCCGACCUUAAGAAGUUCUUCCAUCACACUUUCACUUACACUGAUAAGCCAGACUACCGUGCACUGGUGCAGGAGGCUCUAAACGCCGGACUGGCAGAAUUCACCCAAACGUACCCCGCAGAUGCAGACAAGUGGACGACGAUGUGGACGAAGGAAAAGGCUGUUAGCGUGAUGCACCUUCUCGGAGCCAGCAGCACUAAAGUCGGCUGCGUCAUUGCAAAGUGUGCAAAAACCAGUGUGGUUGAUACGCUCACGGAGUCAGACGCAGAAACAGUAAAGGCUGUGCUUUUCUGUAAAUUAAGUCCUGCAGCAAAAGAGAACGAGGCCGCCUUCAGCGAGGAGUACUUCAAGGAAAUUAUUGCACGAAAAGACAAACUAAACAGUAUGACGGAAGAUGAUCUGAAGGACCCGAUUCAGCAACUGCAGCAGCAGCAGCAGCAGCAGCAGCAAGAACAGCAGCAGCAGCAGCAAUAUCACCUCUAUCAAACCCAACCAGCAGAAACAGCAGCAGCAGCAGCAGAAACAGCAACAGCAGCAGCAGCAGCAGAAACAGCAACAGCAGCAACAGCAACACCAGCAGCAACACCACCAACAACACCAGCACCAGCAGCAACAGUAACAGCAGCAACAGCAGCAGCAACACCGCCACCACCACCACCAGCAACACCACCACCACCACCACCACCACCAGCAACAGCAGCAGCAGCAGCACCACCACCACCACCAGCAACAGCAGCAGCAGCAGCAGCAACAGCAGCAGCAGCAGCACCACCACCACCACCGGCACCAUAA